AUGAUGUUCCUUUUCCGCUCGAUGUUCAUCACCGCCAUCUCAGCGUUCGUAAUGGCGCUCUUCUUGUUCUCGAUGUCUACUUCUGCUAUGCCGCAAUUCGGUCGUCCUUUGCUGCAUGCAUUGGAUGCCGUCACAACAUCUUCUGGGCCCUUUGAGGCGGUUCCCACAUCAACAACUGCCAGCACGGGCACAGACCCGGAUCCUGAUCCUCAGGUCAUUCAAGCAGUCUCAUCUCCAUCCGCGUCGAGUGCAGCUACAACAACGCCAGCCGCUGGCAGUACCAGUACGAACGGCGCGUCGGGUACAGCUACGACGGCGCCAACUGCUGGCAGUACUAGUACUAACGGCGCGUCGAGGAGUCUGUGUGGUGGUAUGAGCGUUAUGCUAGGUGUUGUUGUGAGCGGGGUAUGGUUGGUGCUCUGA